AUGCCGUUCAAGAUGUCGUGGUUCUUCGACCGUAUGCAUGAGGAAGCUCACAAAAUCAAAGAAAAAAUCAAGGAGAAGAGCCGUAAAAGAAAGGCUCCAACUGCUGAAGAAGCCAUUGGAAAUUUGAGAGAUGCCGAAGAACUUCUGAUUAAGAAGCAAGAAUAUUUCGAACUUCGUAUUGAACAAGAGAUUGAAGCAGCCAAGAAACACAUGAAAACGAAUAAGAAAUUGGCAUUGGCCGCAUUGAGAAGAAAGAAGCAUCAUGAACAGGAGUUGAGUCGUAUUGAUGGAGUUCUCACGAAAUUAGAAGCUCAACGAGGUGCUCUCGAGAAUGUUGGAAUGCAUAAUGAAGUCAUCGAUGUUCUUGGAAAAACAAAUGAAACUUUGAAGAAGGAGCAUGCCAAGAUGGAUAUUGAUAAAGUACACGAUUUGAUGGAUGAGAUCGCCGACGGGUUGGCAAUUUCUGGAGAACUCAAUGAAGCGAUCUCGGCCCCAAUCGGAGACGUGGCAGAUGAAGAUGAAUUGAUGCAAGAGUUACAAGAAUUGCAGGAUAAUGUUGGUGAGAUGUCCACCUCAAAACUUCCUGAAGUUCCAACUGAACUACCGGAAGCGCCAUCCGGAGAACUGACCCGUGCUGGACGUCGUGGCAAGUUCCGCAAGAUGAGUACAAUGGAAGAACUGGAGCAGUGGGCCGCAUCGAACUAA